GUUGCUAUGGUUUCAGAAAACAAUAUGGCCGCUCCCAGCUGGGAUGCGAGUCUGAGUUGGGGAGGCAGAGGCGGGUCUGGGCUCCUGCAGUAGCUAGAGAAGAGGCUUUUGAGGGAUCCUGAAGCUGGCUCUGGACGCUGCACGGCUGGAACGGCUUAACCUUGCUGAGGGCUCCAAUGGAGAGCAGUGUGGACGAGGAGGCGUUGCACCAGCUGUACCUGUGGGUGGACAACAUUCCUCUGUCCCGGCCCAAGCGAAACCUCUCCCGGGACUUCAGUGAUGGAGUCCUGGUUGCAGAGGUCAUCAAGUUUUACUUCCCCAAGAUGGUGGAGAUGCACAAUUAUGUCCCUGCCAACUCUCUCCAGCAGAAGCUCAGCAACUGGAACCAUCUGAACAGGAAGGUACUGAACAAGCUGAACUUCUCGGUACCAGACGACGUGAUGCGCAAGAUCGCUCAGUGCGCCCCGGGCGUAGUGGAGCUGGUGCUCAUCCCGCUGAGGCAGAGGCUGGAGGAGCGGCAGAAGCGCAGGAAGCGGGCUUCGGGCUCCUUACAGGAGUUGGCUCUCCAGGAUGGCAGUGGCUACAUGGAUGUGGAUUUAUCCCAGAAGGCCCCAGGUGAAGGUGCCCCAGAUCCCCAAGGAGGAGGACAGCUCAGGGGGGGUCGGCCACCCGCACCCCGACCUCCUGCAUAUAGCCAGGCGCUGCAGGGCGACCCAAACUUCGUCCUCCAGAUCGCUGAAAAGGAGCAGGAGCUAUUGGCCUCGCAGGAGACUGUGCAGGUCCUGCAGAUGAAGGUGAGGCGCCUGGAACACCUGCUCCAGCUCAAGAACGUGCGCAUCGACGACCUCUCCCGGCGGCUUCAGCAGGCGGAGCGUAAGCAGCGGUGAGCGGCAGC